CUGCGAGCAUUUUGGUGUAGGCCUUGCAAGGGGUUUUGCGGCCUCCACACCGUUACACACUCUUGUAGAUAUGCUGACACGAUGAGCGGACCACCACCCUCCGUAAAUAAUGGAGGGCAAAAACGCUUGGUUUCAGGCUUUCUCUUAAUAACUUGCAUAAGCAUCGUUCUCUUGACUGGGCCAGUCUGCUUAGCGAAGCAAGCGAAGCAGCGGCGAAAGGCGCAGCAGGAGCGACCGAAGGAGCCUCUGCUAUGGACUUAUGAAGUUGUAGCCGAAUAUCCACACGACCCAAAGGCUUUUACACAAGGUCUACAGUUUGACCGCUCUUGCGACAACAGCAGCAAAACAUGCUAUGAUGUCUUCUGGGAGUCAACAGGCCUGAACGGCCAGUCCAGCAUUCGUCAGGUGGAUCUGGUCAGCGGAGCGGUACGGCAGUCCCGGCCGCUGGGUUCGGAGCACUUUGGCUGAGCCCUUCGACACGGGUCUGGGUGACGGCUGGGGCCUCACGACGGAUGGAACGCACCUCAUCGUGAGCGAGAGCUCGCAGGUGAUUCACUUCUUGGACCCAGCCACGAUGAAGGAGGUACGGCGGAUCACGGUGACGGAUCGAGGUCACCCUCUUCACUGGAUGAAUGAGUUGGAGAUGGUUGAGGGCGAGUUGUGGGGCAACAUCUGGCAGACGGAGUGCAUUGCACGGGUGGACGCGAGCAGCGGGCAGGUGCUGGGCUGGCUACAGCUGCACGGGCUGCGGGAGGGGCUGGUGCGGCGGGGGCUGGCCAGGAGCAACGACAUGGACGUGUUGAAUGGUAUCGCGUACGACCCCUCCUCCAAGCGCCUUUUCGUGACGGGCAAGCUGUGGCCGCGCGUGUUUGAAAUCGUGCCCAAGCCCUUCCCGCCGGGCCAGGCGCCCUCUUGGGAGGCUGUCAACCGGCUGUGCUGGCCUAGGAUGCAGUACGGCAUGUUGUAGGCGUGUCCGCGGCAUGUUGUGUUUAAAUAACUGGCAUGUUGUGUGUGAUUAAGGGGGUGUGUGGCUCCGCACAAGGCUGGAAUAAAUUAAGGAAUCAAUAGUUUGUAGGGAGGAGGAGUGCUGGGUGCGGUACGGCGGCGGCGCGAUGGAUGUAAGGAAGUGCGUACGGCAGGAUCGUACAAUGGAGGUUUUGUGUAGGGGUGAUUUAGUAAUGUACGAAUGGUUGUUGACGUGGACUGUGCCUUGACAAAUGCCGUUUAGAGGAAGACUCCGCACAGCCGUAAACCACAUGUACAGAUGUACUUCACUGCAGUCCGCGCGCUGUAACCAACGAAACGGUGUUUGUAGCUCAAGUUGGUCUGGCUGUCCAUCGUUGGUACUGGACUUGGUUACUGGACUUGGUUAGCAUGAGGGGUUGAGCUGCGGCCUUCCCGUUUGUCCUGGCUUGUCGGUGGCUUAAUCUAGGUGGGAGGAUGCAGCGGGGCAACGGCGCAGCAGUUGGUGAGGCAGCAGUAAGUCGGCGAAAAAGGGAAGCGGUUAGGAGGGACACGAAAACGGAAUGUCGUGUUGUGCAGGGAUGGUGGAUGGAAGAACAAUUGCGCCGGGCGCCUUGCCUUGCGCGGUACGGCAUGAACCCGUUGUAAGUGGACGCGAAGGGAACAAGCAUCCUCGAAUAAUGUGACAUGUUCGAGUAUACUGCGUCUUAGGUAUGUUUGCUUCCAUCUACCGUAUACGAACCUCCUGCUAAACAAGGUUGCGUAGCCAUGGGGUAUACGUCUAUACGAAAAUGAGCCCGUUACCAUAUUGCAAUGCAGCAUCUUAAGUACGUUUUGUAGAAUUGUGCUCGGACAACCUUACCUGUCAAAGAAGCAGCGCAGGACAAUGGGCUACAACCCUUUCCUCCUGUUUAGUUUCCUUGCUGUGAUCUCCCACAUCAACUUCACGAAGGCGACUCUUUCCGUGCAAACCGUAUCUGAAGUACAUAAAAUAUCGGUUCCAGCACCUCGGAAUUUGCCAUCAGAUGCUUGGAGGCCAACCAUCCUGACGUCGUGUCCCGCGCUGUUCUAUAAUGAGUCAGCGCCAUGUCGGAUCAAUACGAACAUCGUGUACGCCGAGGAGCUGAUAUACCCAGAUUUUCGCAUCCGACUUCCAGGAGUUGUCUCCGAGGAGCAACGGCAGAUGUACCUGCUGUUCCUUCACGAAUACCGCAACGAUUGGAAACGUGGCCGCGCCAUAGACGGUUACGGCUACUUCCUCAAUCAGCGCGGUCAAAACCUGGUGUACGCCAAUGUCUCCUACGCCGGCAGGCCCUAUCCCGGCCGAUGGGCGGAAGAUGCGUGCAUGUCCGGCCGUGCCGGCUCACACGCGAACUCAUUCCCGCCUUGGGACGGCAACGCAGAAGCGCCUGCAGCCGUCUUCAUCGCCUCUCCCGAUCACACCUACUUUCAACACUUCCUGGACCGAGUAGCCAUGAUGCUCGCGCAGACCCGGCAUCUAGGUCGACCCGAGGACUUCAAAUACAUCUCGCUUCCCAUUCCCUUGCGGUCACCCGUACAAGAACUAUGGACCAUGAUGGUUCCCGGCUGGACUCCAGAAACCUUGCUCCGAGCCAAUACGCCCAACCUGCGAACCCGGCUGCUUGUCUACCCCUGCCAGUCCCCGCUUAUCCACCCCUACACUCAGCAGCUCGCCACGGAGAUACUGCUCAUGUCUGCGGGAGUGGACCCAAACAGCAUUCCGCCUGCCAGGGAUCGCCCUGUGGUGCUGUUCAUGACGCGGCAGGGCAGCCGCAGGUGGCACAACGAGGACGAGUGCAGGCAAGCCGUGGAGGGGCUGCUUCAAACCCGGGGCCGCGGCGAGCAGCUCAUGGCUUUCAGGGCCACGGAUUACCCUUCCCUUCGGGCAGUCGCCAACGCAAGUACCCGGGUAAAGCUGGUCAUGGGCGCACAUGGGGGCGCACUCAACAACAUCGCGCUCAUGUCGCCCGGAACCGGCGUCCUCGAGAUCUGCCCGGUUUCGGGAGACUACCGGAAGUCGAGGUGCGGUGCCAUGUUUUGGGAAACCGCGAGUGUACGGAAUAUGCCGUACUGGGUGGUGCUUGCGAACAACACCAACGCGCAAUGGGAGAUCCUGUCGUUGGAUUGCCGGAUGGUGGUUGCGGCGGUUAGGGAUGCGUUGGAGGGGAUAGACGCGGGGAUGCCGAGUCCGUUGGAACGGUUCUACCAAGGAAAUGCGUUCCGAAGGACGUCGUAGUGAUGUGUUUUUGGUGAUCGUAUGAGGUAAUCGUAUAGGUGUUAUUUGCAAUGAUUGCCCAGACGAGCUGUCUGGUGAAUGUGGCGGGCGGAUUAGAUGGUGAAACUGAGGCGACUGGCGCAUCCACCAUAGUCGUGCGAGUGAGUGAUCACAGCGUACAUGCCAAUAUGCGGUAGCUUUGCUCUUCAU